UCUAGGACUCCCAUUUCCUGCCCUCGCUUGCGACAGUAACAGUCUAAUAGAUCUGUCUGUCAACAUGUCCACCACCACCGCAGAGGAACCUGGAUUGCAGAACGGAGUUCAGCCAGAACGAGAAUUGAAAGCAGACUUAGAACUGGAAACCGAACCUGAAUCGUCGGAGCCUGAACGAGAAAUAGAACCGGCGGUAUCGGAUUCCGUGCUGGAGCCUAAACUCGAGUCACCGGUGGCAGUCGAUGCAGAUCUUCAGCCCGAAGAACUCAAACAAAGCUCGCUCAUAUCUGAUGAGGCCGAUGACUCCGCAGCGAACGCACCCGCCCAGCGUGAGCUGCGAAAAGACGAAGGAAGCCGAACUUUCACGAUGAGGGAGUUACUCGGUGGAUUGAAAGGCGUCGAGCUAGAUGAGAGUGGUCCAGAUGCCCCCUCACCUUAUAGUCAAGAAAGUCUACAACAACAUGUAGACCAAAACAAUGCUGCUAUGGACUUAAUCAAUAGUGUUACGGGUGUAGAUGAGGAAGGUCGGUCUCGCCAACGGAUUCUUACAUUUGCUGCCAGGAGGUAUGCUUCUGCCAUAGACAGAAACCCAGAAGAUUAUGACGCACUAUACAACUGGGCAUUGGUUCUUCAGGAAAGUGCAGAUAAUGUUAGCCAAGAUUCUCCUUCACCUUCUAAGGAUGCUUUGCUUGAGGAAGCCUGUAGGAAGUAUGAUGAGGCUACCCGUCUUUGCCCAACACUUCAUGAUGCUUUCUAUAAUUGGGCUAUAGCGAUAUCUGAUCGAGCGAAAAUGCGUGGUCGUACAAAGGAGGCUGAAGAACUAUGGAAGCAGGCUACAAAGAACUAUGAAAAAGCUGUCCAACUCAAUUGGAACAGUCCGCAGGCACUUAAUAAUUGGGGACUUGCUCUUCAGGAACUCAGCGCAAUUGUUCCUGUACGAGAAAAGCAAAGAAUCGUAAGAGCUGCAAUCAGUAAGUUCCGUGCCGCAAUACGGUUGCAGUUUGACUUCCAUCGAGCAAUUUACAACCUUGGAACUGUUUUGUAUGGAUUAGCAGAGGACACAUUAAGAACUGGGGGAUCAGUCAUUGCUAAAGAAGUCUCACCAAAUGAGUUGUAUAGCCAAUCUGCUAUAUACAUUGCAGCUGCCCAUGCACUGAAAUCAAAUUAUUCAGUUUACAGCAGUGCCUUGCGGCUGGUGCGUUCCAUGCUACCUUUGCCUUAUCUGAAAGUUGGGUACCUGACUGCACCCCCUGUAGGAAUACAAGUGGCACCUCAUAAUGAUUGGAAGCGGUCGCAGUUUGUUUUAAACCAUGAAGGGCUUUAUCAGGUAAACAAAGUUGAGCAAAAACAAGUGCCACAAAGCCUCUCUGGAAGAUCGGGAGAUGUAGUGAAUAUUGACAAAAGAGCCAUCAGAAUUGACGUUCCAGAUAUAGUUUCUGUAUCAGCGUGUGCUGAUCUGACUUUACCACCUGGUGCAGGACUCUGCAUUGAUACAAUCAAUGGGCCAGUUUUCAUGGUUGCUGACUCCUGGGAAUCCCUGGAUGGAUGGCUUGAUGCAAUCCGUCUAGUUUACACAAUCUAUGCACGCGGUAAGAGCGAUGUUCUGGCAGGUAUCAUAACUAGCUGAUCAUUUUGUUAUAUUUAUCAGCAGUGCUGUGUUUUUGUUGAGUUGAUUAACAAUUUGUGUAAUAAAAUUUGAGAUACAUUUGAGAAGGCCUGAAGCUAGUCCACAAUACAUAUUUCUUCCUCAUCUUACCGGAGAACACUCA